CCCAGUUUAGAUAUUACAGUAUCCGAUGAAUGCGUGGAUAUGUUUUCCAAUCUAAAAUUACAAAAGAUGUACAAAUAUAUUUUGUACAAAUUUUCUGAUGAUAAAAAAAAUUUUGUUAUUGAUAAGGCAGUGGAAACAACGACGUUAGAUGAAGAUGAUGGAACUAAUUAUAAAGAAUCUUAUGAGAAAUUUUAUACAGAAAUUACUAGAAAAAAUGUUCCAUAUUUCGCU